AUGGCGAGGGUCUGCAUGUUCUGUGUUCUCCUGCUCUGUUUGAUGGACAGCGUCUUGGCCAGAGCCAUUGACGAAGGAAGAACUAAAGAUCUUCGUGUCCCCAGGCCACUGAUCAUACCAGGUUAUCCAGAAAAUACCACAGGGGUGGUGGGUGGUCAGGCGAAGCUGUUGUGUAAAGUCCAUCGGCCGGGGUCCACCAAGGUGCAGUGGCUGAAAACAGAAGUCAGCGGCUCAGGAAGGAGUCAGGGAGGACAGCCUCGCCUCAGGGCUCUAACGGCCCUGCAGAGCAAUGCAUCGAAUGUGAACACUCUGCAUUUGUCCAACAUCACUCUGGAGGAUGCUGGAGAGUACAUCUGCAUGGCCAAGAGCACCCAUGCAGGACAGAUAGUACAGGCCAUGCAGUCAGCAUGGCUGGAGGUCCUGCCUGGUACCAUCAUUUCCCGAACGAUGGACAUGACUGCUGCAGAAAUACCCGAAGAUGUUCUUGAGGACUUGAGUGAAGACACCACAGAGCAUCUUCUGUUAGAGCCGGGCAACAUCCUGAAACUGCGCUGUGACAUGAACACUCGCCCCGGCAUGGCAGUCACUUGGUACAAGGAGGGAGUCCGGGUUCUGGCCACGCCCCGCAUCCAGAUCCGUGGUGCCAUCAUGGAGAUUACAGACGUCACCUAUGAGGAUUCGGGCAUUUAUGUUUGUGUUCUCCGAGGAACCAAAGACCCCGUGAGGAACUUCACCAUCACUGUGGCAGACUCUUUGGGAUCGGGGGACGAUGACGAGGACAAUGGCUUGGAGGACUCAUCAGCUGAGAUUGAAAAUGACCAAGUUUACUUCUCCAGAGGUCCCUAUUGGACCCACACUCAGCGUAUGGAGAAGAAGCUGUAUGCUGUUCCAGCUGGUAACACAGUGAAGUUUCGUUGCCCCGCCAUGGGCAGCCCCAUGCCAACCAUCCGCUGGCUCAAAAAUGGUCGUGAAUUUAGAGGAGAGCACCGCAUUGGCGGCAUCAAGCUGAGACACCAGCACUGGAGCCUGGUGAUGGAAAGCGUUGUGCCUUCAGACAGAGGAAACUACACUUGUGUGGUGGAGAAUAAAUACGGCUCAAUUGCUCACAGCUACGUCCUCGACGUCCUAGAGCGCUCCCCACACAGGCCCAUCCUGCAGGCAGGUCUACCAGCCAACAACACAGCAGUGGUGGGUAGUGACGUCCAGUUCCAUUGUAAGGUCUACAGUGAUGCCCAGCCUCAUAUUCAGUGGCUCAAACACAUAGAAAGGAAUGGCAGUCGCUACGGUCCUGAUGGGACACCCUACGUUCAGGUCCUUAAGACUGGCAGUCUGAACAUGUCAGAGGUGGAAGUGCUCUACCUGUCCAAAGUUACCAUGGAAGAUGCAGGAGAGUACACCUGUCUUGCUGGAAAUUCAAUCGGCUUUGCCCACCAAUCUGCUUGGCUCACUGUCCUUUCAGAGGAGGAAGCAGCAGACGCUAUGGACACCAUGGAGACCAAGUACACCGACAUCAUCAUUUAUGCCUGUGGUUUCCUGGCUCUGAUUAUGGCCAUCGUCAUCGUGGUGUUGUGUCGAAUGCAGGUCCACCCCAGAAGGGAGCCUUUUGAUGCUCUUCCUGUCCAGAAGCUCUCCAAGUUCCCUCUUCGCAGACAGUAUUCAGUGGAGUCCAACUCAUCAGGGAAAUCCAGUGCAUCUCUGGUGAGGGUAGCUCGCCUCUCAUCCAGCUGCUCUCCCAUGCUGGCUGGCGUCAUGGAGUUUGAGUUGCCCUACGACCCAGACUGGGAGUUCCCCAGGGAAAAUUUAACAUUGGGCAAACCACUGGGAGAAGGCUGUUUCGGCCAGGUGGUCAGAGCUGAGGCCUACGGCAUCAACAAGGACGGCCAGGACCAGGCCACCACUGUGGCGGUUAAGAUGCUCAAAGAUGAUGCCACAGACAAAGAUCUCGCAGACCUCAUCUCAGAAAUGGAGUUGAUGAAGGUGAUGGACAAACACAAGAACAUCAUCAACCUACUUGGAGUCUGCACACAGGAUGGCCCUCUGUAUGUGCUGGUGGAGUACGCCUCCAAAGGCAGUCUAAGGGAGUACCUGCGGGCCCGGCGACCCCCAGGCAUGGACUACACCUUUGAUGUGACGAAAGUGCCAGAGGAGCAGCUCACCUUCAAAGACCUGCUGUCCUGUGCCUACCAAGUGGCCAGAGGGAUGGAGUACCUGGCCUCUAAAAGGUGCAUCCACAGAGAUUUGGCAGCCAGAAAUGUUCUGGUGACGGAGGACAACGUGAUGAAGAUCGCUGACUUUGGACUGGCCAGAGGAGUUCACCAGAUCGACUACUACAAGAAAACCACCAACGGACGGCUGCCGGUGAAAUGGAUGGCACCAGAGGCCUUGUUUGACAGAGUCUACACACACCAGAGCGAUGUGUGGUCAUUUGGCGUACUGAUGUGGGAGAUCUUCACGCUGGGCGGCUCACCGUACCCUGGUAUCCCCGUUGAGGAGCUCUUCAAGCUGCUGAAGGAAGGACACCGCAUGGACAAACCAUCCAACUGCACACACGAACUCUACAUGAUGAUGCGUGAGUGCUGGCAUGCCGUUCCCACCCAGAGACCGACCUUCAAACAGCUGGUAGAGGAGCUGGACAGAGUGCUGCUGUCCAUCUCUGACGAGUAUUUGGACCUGUCGACGCCCUUCGAGCAGUACUCCCCAUCAUGCGAGGACACGUCCAGCUCCUGCUCCUCUGACAACGACUCUGUUUUUACCCACGAUGCCUUGUCCACUGACCCUUGCCUCCUGGGAUAUCAGGACGUGCGCUCUCGGAUAGACAUGAAGACGGCACUCCGAUAGACUAAACGCAUCCAUACACAUAAAGACAUUAACAUAUCACUACAAGUACACGCUACAAAAAACACUACUUUUAAGUAAUGUAACAUAUUGGAGGUCCACCGCUGCAUUUCUAAAGUUAAGCUGAAGUUUUUAUUCUAAUUAAGUUUUCAAUCGGACCUCCAUUAUGGCACCAAACAAAGCCCUUAGAUGUAGAUGGGCUUUUCUACACACUUACAUGCACAUAUACACA